GGUCGAUGCCGGCUAGGCUAGUGUUGGGGGGAUGGGCGCCUCGUCAAUUCCAAGGAUCUGAUGCAGAAGCAGAGCCGUGUUCAGCCGCAUAUAUAUCCAGUUAUAAACCGCGACAGCCAACACACCUAGUAUUUAUUACACUGCUAUUGCCAAGUGUCGUUUAAUGUGGACAUCAAAUGGAAACGUUUGACGUUGAAACACCAACAAAUUGACUUUCGUCGUUCCUCCGAGAGACGUUGAGAAGUUUGUUUGCUACCGCUGGAGCAGGACCUACGUUCGAGGGCCGAUAAACACAGGAGUCCGAGGCUGGUGCGCAGGCCUAUGGGUCUGACUGGAUCUUACUUUGGCCAACUCUGUGGACUUUAUUCUUUGGAUGGACGGUCGUCGUUUGUAAUGUCUCUUUAGGAUUCUUCAGUGUGAGCCGUGGGCUACGGCUCGGCAUCAGCCUCCUUGUGUUUGGAGCCGUGUGACACUUCCAUCCCUCAGCUUAACCCUGUCCGCUUCCCUCCCCUCCUCCUCCUCACCCUCCCUUUCCCCUCUCCCUUCCCCUCCCUUGUCUUACCCCCCUCCCAUGCAUUGCUGUGCAGGAAGUCAUGAGCAUAGUAAUUGCGCUGGGAGUCACUACACCUGAAACAUCGUACUCGGAUAUGGCUGCGGGAUCAGACCCUGAGUCAGUUGAAGCAAGCCCUGCUGUCAGCGAGAAGAACUACACUAAUCAAAGUUGUGGUAGUGCUCAGAAUCACGGCUAUCAAGGGUUACCAUAUGCUAUGCAACAGUCUCCCGUUGUAUGUUGUCAGGAUCACAACUAUGGUGCACCCCCCCCUCCCACCCCACCAGCCUCCCCACUAUCUCAAACCAUCAUUCCCUGCAUGGACCUCAGUGGUGUGGUACGCAGCACCCGCUAUCACGAAACCACAGGGGACAACUCAGCUGACACCGACAGCUCCUCCUCUGAUGAGCACAGAGGCUUGUCCAACUGGUGUCACUGCAGCUUGACGCCAGAUGGUCUGCUUAUUAAAUGCGAUAAAUGCAGGGGACUCAACCGGAGGAAACAGAUUGAUGAUUUUCGCAGAAAAACAGAGAAUGUUUCAGCUGGUGAAAGCAGCGCAACAGAAAGUGGUGACGAUGAAGUGUCACCUCCCACCAUCUCCUACACUGCCACCCAGCAUACACCCACCAGCAUUAAGCUAACGGUCAACAGAGUCAAACGAAGUAAAUCCAAAAAGCGGAAGAAGAACACGGAAAAGGUUCCUGCAUCCACAAAAGGCAAAAAAGUUAAGGCUUUUCGUGAGGGAUCAAGGAAAUCGAUGAGGAUGAAGAGCUCAACAACAGAGGCCAAUGUGCUGGAUGAAAGUACUGCUGAAGGUUGGGAAGGCAGAAUCCGUCAGUGGACUGACCAGUACGAGGAGGCUAUGUCCAACCAGUACAGCGCCGACCUACAGACUCUGCUUCAGCUUCACCUCACAACCAGUGCAACACUAGCAAAGCCGGAGAACCGCACUGUUCUUCCAACCAUCGGAAACCUUCAAGCUUCCUUUGUUUCUAUGGAAACCAUUGACCACGCUGAACUGUCCUGUAACAACACAGUGCUGGGCUCACAAAUGCAGCUCCAGCUAGGACGAGUAACACGUGUACAAAAGCACAGAAAGAUCCUCCGAGCAGCAAAGAACCUGGAUCCUGACGCACUGAUCAUUGAAUAUCGUGGAAAGGUCAUGCUGAAACAACAGUUUGAGGCCAACGGGCAUUUCUUCAAAAAGCCCUUCCCUUUUGUGCUGUUUUACUCCAAGUUCUCGAAUGUGGAAAUGUGUGUUGAUGCAAGGACGUUUGGUAACGAUGCCCGGUUUAUCAGAAGGUCCUGUACACCCAAUGCUGAGGUGCGCCAUGCGAUAAUUGAGGGCAUGAUCCAUCUAUGUAUCUGUGCUGUCACUCAUAUUCCAAAGGAUGCUGAGGUCACGAUUGGAUUUGACUUUGAAUUCAACAGCUGCAAUUACAAAGUGGACUGUGCGUGUCACAAGGGCAACCAGACCUGCCCGGUACAGAAGCAUAACAUUGCACCCCAUGAAGGCCUGCAGAACUCCAUUCUGCCACUUCCGUCUCCUCAUAUUGGUGCUGAGACUCGUCGAAGGAAAGCCUGGAGGAAAGAACUGCAAGGUUGCAUUGAUGGGGAGGACAAGUCAGCCACAGAUCAACCUCAGGAGCUGAAAGACCCUCAGAAGAACAGUGAUGCUGAGCAAAGGCUCGUGGAUGGAUUGAAAGAAGAAGAGGCAGAGGGAGAUGAGGUUGAUGGAAAUUGUGAGACUGAUACCUGUAAAAAAACAUUGAAUGCCUUAGAGAGACGGCGAAGAAGAAUGGUGGGCACGUAUGCAAAAGAUGAAACCGUUGAAUUACCAGGUGAAGUUGCAAAUCUGAGUGGGAACCCACACCACUCAGCUGGAGUUGGCAUUAGCACCCGCCGUACCACCUACGUCAUGGAUACACCAGUUGUCAAGGAGAAAACGCCAUUAACCACCCUUCCUGUUCCUGUUGCCACCCCCAAACCCACGCGGUCGUCCAAACCUCGCCCCAAAAGCAGAAUCUCUCGAUACCGCUCUAGCUCCUCUCAGCGUGCCCGGCGGCAACGUCAAGCACUGGCCCAGCAAGCUGCAGCAAUGACACUACCACUGACAUCGGUUCAUCAGGGUCCCAGUCAUGAAGAGGAAGGUACUCAGGGUCCAUAUGGGGUCGAAGUGGGCCUGGGGGAAAGUUUGGGACAGGAUCAUCCAACUGAUGAUGGUUUAGGCUGUCUAUAUAAAGGGAAUCUGCGUUACCCCAAAACCAAGAAGUACCUUGUAACUGAGUGGUUGAAUGAAAAGCUGCCGGGUGGGGAAAAACUGAGCCAAGAGGUGCCUGUCGAGCGCCCUCUAAGGAUAACCACUGACCCUACGGUGCUGGCCACAACCCUUAAUAUGCUGCCGGGCCUCUCACACUCAUCGUUUAUUUGCACAACCCCUAGACACUAUGUGCGGUUUGGCUCCCCUUUCAACCCAGAGAGAUGCAGGCCACGCCCAUUGCAAAUGGAUGGCACCUAUGGCUGCUUUAAAAAGAGAUGGAUCAAGCAGGUUGAAAGUGAAAGUGGUUUAACCAGCUGCUCAGAGUCCACAUCCUCUCUGCAAAGCAUCAGCAGUAGGUCCAACCCAAACACGUGGUCCAGCACAGACCUGAAUGCACCUUUUAAGAAGCGAACAGCCAAGUAUAUGACUGAGACAACCCCUGCACCGACAGAGCGUCUUCAGUGCUCUCUGUCACCAAUCACCCCUCCUCCCACUGAGGACACGCUCAUACCAAAGCUUCAACAUACAUGUGGGUCUCUGCUGCUCAAUGGCCUUGUAUUUUCCCCUAUUCCCUCACGGCCGGCAAGCAGCUGCAACACACCGCUACAAUUUGAAAACAUAUCAUCCCCUGAGACAUCCCCUACUCACCAACUGGAGUCCAUUUCCUCAGAGCCGUGUCUCCAGACAGACCUUGACAUUCCUCGGCCUCAGUUCUCGGAGGUCUCUGUGUCUUCCAGCUUGGCGAGCCCAUUGGCCAUGACCUCAGAUGACCUUUCCUUCCCCGAAGGCCCUUCAGGCUAUGACUCGAAGAACAUGUCGUCUUCAGGAUUCAGUUCUUUGUACCAAGUGUCUUGCCCUACCACAGACCUAAACAUUCAAAGCAGGGAGCUGGCCUUCAGGACUGAGUUCAACCUCAUAUACACCUGCUCACCUCUCAAUGCAAAUAUGGACGCCCCAUUGGCAUCAGUUCGACAACCCUCUCAUUUGAAAGAGUGCUUGUCUCCACCAGAAUCCUUCCCCAGCUCUUUGAACUACAAGGUUCUGCCGGGUUCCCAAAGUGACCUUCUGUAUGGAAGCAAUCCAGAAAGUGGCACGACUUCACCCUAUACUGGCAACCCGACACAAAGGAAGAAGAAGUCCCACCAGCAUACCAUUGGUCUGCUGACAGGGAAGCCAGGUUACGAGGCUAUAGCAGUAAGCAGUGAAUACCAGACCGUACAAAAUAUGGUGUCUUUGCUGGAAUAUCGUAAGAGGAAGCAAGUUAGCAGCCAUGAUUCCCAGGCUGCCAGCUGCAGCCCCCCUGGUGGAGGCCCUCACAAUCACCGUGGAACCCUGGACACCCCUCACCACUCGCAUCACCAACUGCAUCGCUCCCUCUCUGCGCAUAGCUCCUCCCUGCCAGAGAUGGAGAAAGGUGCUGACCCUCAGUGUCGCAACCUGUGGAUGGUUCCCACCAGUGUAGAACGUCUAAGGGAAGAGCCCAGACCUAUGGAGCACAAGCUCAAAGACACCAAGGCCCCGGCUGAGAAAGACAUUGAUGCGGAGUGCUCGGAGACGCAGGCCGCUUUCGUCACUUCCGCCAUGAGAAGUCCUCUGCUCUUGGCGGCAGACAACCAGGCGCAGAGUGAGCAGCCAUCCAGCCACCAGCAGGACUCUCACUCUCCAUUCCGGGGGCGCUUCAGUCCACCCUCUGAACAGGGCUGCUACCCGAGCUUCACUGACUCUCAUCCCGCCGCGGCCCAACACCACAAGGCUGCAUCUUCUUCAGAGGGCGCCGCUGCGUCGGGAUCCGUGCCACAGCAAAGCGACACCAAUAAGACCAGGGCAAGUAAGAGCCAAGCCACCCAGUGCAAUAGCAGCAGACGUGCAGAAAAUCCCAACUCCAGCGCGCAAACAUCCCACAACGUAGACUUGAACCGUCAGAUGUCUGGGACAGUCCCGCCGCAGGCCGCAGGCAGCCCAGGCCACGGCGUGCUCCCACCGCUGCAGGCCGGUCCCAGGCUCCUGCCAGCUCCUGGAGCAGCCACCCAUCCUCAGCUGGUGCAGUUCCAGCACCCCAACAUCCUGAAGGGGUCGGGAGUCCGGACGCAGUCAGGUAGCUUUUAGCUUGGUCUUCUGGAGAAGGGACGACGCUGCCUUCCUCCUGUACUUCACUUCUGAACUGUCCCUGCUGAAGAUAUUUAUGGUGUGGACCUGUACGGAGCAGGAGGGACCUGGCCUUCCACUGUCAGACAGUUCUCCAACCUUGCACAGACCUGAGCAUUGACUAUGACCCCCCCACACCCCCCUUUUUCUUUUAUGUUAAAGUGACGGAGGAGGACCAGGGGGGUCGACUGAGAAAAUGCACUAAAACUCCAAUCCAUCUUUUGUUUCAGCAGCCGUCACAGACAAGAGGCCUCUGGAUGUCUGAAGCUGUUGCCAUGGUUACCCUGUCAGCUCAAUUUGGCAUUCACUACAUGACAACAGUGAAAGUUAGCCGUUUUCCUCUUCCUUUUAUCACAUUGUUUUAGCCAACCGUACUGGGAGAACUAGUUUGAGGUAUCACUCAUCAGUUCUACAUAUGCAGUAGAAUCAGUAUAUGACCAUUCCAUGGGAUUACCAGCAGAAUCGCCUUCGUUUUGCUGCCAGUUCUUCUAGCAGAUUCCAGUCAGUGCUCCACUGCUGUUGUAUUCAACAUUUGCAGGUCUGAUAAUACAUGGUGCUGCAAUUGUGUUUUCAUGUCGUUGGUUUUUCUUUGUUUUUUUUUUGGAAAUAUGUUUUUCAAAUAAAUAAGAAUUUCACUCACUUGUUUUGUUUUUAUGUCAUGCCAUUUUCUCUGGUACUUCAGAGCAGCAUGGCUGGACUUCUGUGGUAGAAGGCCACGUACUUCGUGUUGGCAUCUCACCAGUCGGUGGGAAAAACUAUGUUUUGUUUGUUCUUCAGGUGAUGAAAGGCAUUUUAACCAAUUAUUUUUAACUCAUUUUAGAUCACAA